UUUCACUUCGGACACGAUCAAGAAAGAACCAAUCCGAAACUCGUCCGAGAAACACAUCGAAACCCACCUCUCUCUCUUUCCUAUGGCUCCCAAGUUUGGCCUGGACAAAAGGAUUCCAAGAGAUCUACUCUGAGGCUAUGGAGUCCCAGGCCCACACCAACGCUCUGCUCCAGAAGAUGGCUGCUGAAGCCAAUGGAUCGAGGGAUUUCAACGUCCUCCUGUUUUCUAGCGAGGUGGAGGUGGAGGCGCUGAGCUAUCUCAUUCAGCAGUACAACUACAAGGGGUUGGUGAGGGUGAGCGGUGGGUUAGCCAAGGAGGAACAGAGGGCUCUCAACGACAAGGCAAAAGAGCUCGAUCUUCCUUUGAGGGAGUGAGGGCAGCUUGGUCUUCCUUUGGAGGAGUGAGGGCAGAGUGUUAGGGUUUAGGUUUGGUCUUACUUUGGUAGUACAGAAAAGGAUAUGGAUGUGGGGUGACUAUAACGUUUUUAACGUUUAGGUUAUGGAGGUUUCUAGGUUUAGUUCUAAUCCUUAGAACUGGGUUUCUUUUAUGUUUUCUUUCUGUUUUUCUUCUUGUAUUUCCUGGGUCUGCUCUAUGUUUUUCUUGAGUAGCCGUUCCUUUAUAUAUCAUUCUUACCUAUCAAAAAAUAAAUAAAAAUAUGCCCUCUUUCUUCACAAAUUUUGUGUUUAAUUUAUGUUCUUGAUUAUGUGUUUACUUUAUGUUCUUGAAUCUGAUGUGUUUAUUUUACUUUAUGUCCCUUGAAGUUUUUUUUUUAAAAUCAGUGAACUGUGACUGUGCCGUUACUGGCUAUGGGGUUGUUAGGAAUAUUGUUUCUGAGGAGUUGAGAGAGUUCUGGGAGCAACCAGAUGGGCAGGGAACAAACCAUGCUUGGAUUUUAGUCUUGCAGGUUAAUCUGAUAUGGGAGAUGGAAGGUAAAAGAAAAAUAUGUGACUAAAUUUGAUGUGUUAAGUACUUUAGUCCUUUGAAUGUAUAUAUUUCCAGCACUCAUUUAUUGUGACAUAUGAAUAGUAGCAUGAGUAGAGUAUUGGUCACCUCUCAAUGUGUAGUGGAAUUCAUGGUUCAUAAAUUUUUUCUAAUGAAAUUGUUAGAAUUGUCCUGUAUUGAAGGAAAUUAUAUAUGGAAAUCAAUUAGUCAAUUUGUUUUUGUAAUAACUGCAGUGAGUUUUUGGAUAUAUUUGAUGUAAACCAUUACCAGAGCACUUUACAAGCUGAUGUACGUGUUGUAUCAUCUCUUCCUUCCGUGCAUUUGAUGUCAAGGCAGACCAUUGAAAACAAGAUUCCUUAUGAAGUGUUAGUAGGUAGAAUGCUAAUUCAGAAUCGAAGAUGCACUCAUUAUGAUAUUUUCUUUUUCUUAAAAAACAAUUUAUUAGAUAUGUGUGCGUGCUAUGCCGGUUGUUCUAGUGGCUCUAGAAGUCAUUCAUAUUCGACCCUUGAAAUACAUUUGAGUCUCACAGAGAGACAAAUUAUUUUCUCCUCAUACUUUUCAAAUUUGAGGGUGCUCUAGUGUUGAAAGGUUCAGGUUCUAAACUCUCAAAGAAUCUUCCAUCUGAUCUGCAGAAGCUUCGAUGUAAGGUAUCCUUUCAUGCAUUAAGAUAUGCAGCACCAAUUAGGGAGCUUGAAAAUCAGCCUGCAAGGAGAAUGUGGAUGGAAGGCCCUUUCAUUGCCCUCCAUCUCCGGCUAGAGAAGGAUGUGUGGGUCAGAACUGGAUGUUUCACUGGUUUAGACACAGAAUAUGAUGUCAUCAUCACCAAGGUUCUGGAGUCUCAAACUGAAUGCCUGACAGGAAGGUUAAACAUGACCUACAUUCAACGACAACUUGCUGGACCAUGCCCCCUAAAUGCAUUAGAAAUGGCAAGGCCCGUAAAGGUUCAAGGAGCAUCCGGAAGUGCACGGGUAUACAUUGCAGGGGGAGAGCCAUUUGGGAGAGAAAAGGCUUUGCAGCCGCUUGUGGCAGAAUUUGCAAAUGUUGCGACAAAGGAGAAGUUGGCACAAAAUGGAGACUUUCACAGUACAUUAACAAGUCUUCAGCUCUGGCUGCCAUUGAAUACAUUGUCUCCCUGAACAGCAAUGUCUUUGUACCUUCCCAUGGUGGAAAGAUGGGACGAGCAGUGCAACAACUGACGGAUGUGGCCAUGGGUCUCGACAAUAGGGUGGUGCGAUUGCCGAUCUGCUUCUAGGGCUGCUUGAGAGCCUUCCGGGCAUCGCUCCGGUGCUUGAAGAGAAUAAAGGCGUAGCCUUUGGACUUACCGGAGACGCGGUCGGUGACCGCCUUACAAUCCUCAAUCUCGCCGUACUUGCCAAAGACGGAGGUGAGGGUUUCGACGGUGGUGUCCCAGUCGAGGCUGUGGAUGAAGAUCUUGUGGUGGGCGGGGUCCGCAUCGGCGAGCUCACGCACGAUUUCAAUCAAUUACGGGUGCUUGCUCACUCCCUUCUUGAUCAGAGCCACGAGAUGGUCCUUCGUGAACGGCUCUAGAAGCUUCUCCACGUCUUCGUCCUCAUCGUCGUUAGUUGCUGGGUUUGUGUUUGUUGCUUUUGUGUUUGGUUGACAAGGAAGAUCUGUUGCUGGGUUUGUGUUUGUGUUU